AGUGUGCAUGUGCAAACAUAGCUUUGUACUUUGGAGUGAUAGUCCAGUGUGUGUAUAUCAGGAUAACAGGGCUGUUUAAAAUGGCACUAUUUUCUUCUUCUUCUUUUUUCUUAUGUUUGCUGCUUUUGGACUUUCAGCUGAGCUAUGGAGCCCCGGCUCCAGCCUCAGGCCCAGUGUUCCUGUCCAGUCAGGCAGCUGUCAACGUUCUGCAGAGACACAAACGCUAUAACUAUGGUAUGUUUGAGGAGUUGAUGGAAGGCGACUUGGAGAGAGAGUGUAUUGAGGAAAUAUGUGUCUUGGAAGAGGCCAGGGAGAUCUUUGAGAAUGAUGAAAAGACGAUGGCGUUCUGGGCACGGUAUAUAGAUGGCAAUCAAUGUGAAUCAAACCCAUGUCUGAACCAGGGGUCAUGCCAAGACCACCUUGGCUAUUACACCUGCUCAUGUACACCAGGCUUCACUGGCAGGAACUGUGGGAUUGCUAUAGCAAAAAGGUGUGAUGUGAACAACGGAGAUUGCAUGCACUUCUGUGAGACAAAGGCAACCGUUGGAGCAAAAUGCUCCUGUGCGACAGGAUACAGGCUUAUGAAGGACGGGCUGAACUGUGAACCAGCAGUUGAAUUUCCAUGUGGCAGAACCGCCCUGACAACAUUGCGUUCAGCAUUAUCAAGGUCUCUGCUUAAAAAGAGUGCAAGCCUGCCUACUACUUCACUAACCAGCAUCAACUCUACCACAUCACCUCCCUCGACUCCAGCCAGUACUACAGCCCUAUUUCCAGCCACGAAUGUCUCUGUAAAAAAACAGCCACUAGAGAAUGUGUCCCUGUGGGUCCACAGUGACACUGAGGCCCCCACUAAGGUGCCGAUUACAGUUCGUAAGCGCAUUGUGGGUGGAGAGGUGGUAAUACCAGGAGAGAUCCCAUGGCAGGUAGCCUUGAUAGCACGUCCCAGUGGUCAUCUGUUCUGUGGAGGUUCCAUUCUCAGUGAACGCUGGGUUAUCACUGCUGCUCACUGCCUGGUGGAAGGACAAGGCUCCUUCUUCAUCAGAGUAGGAGAGCAUAACAUCUACAUCCACGAGGACACAGAGCAGGAUUAUGAAGUGAAGGAGACACGCAUACACCCACGCUACAACGCCAGUGUGAGCUUGUACAACCAUGACAUUGCCCUCAUUUUCCUCGAAAGCCCUAUCAUUUUCUCAACAACAGUUCGACCCAUCUGCAUAGGGCCGAAGGCUUUCAUUGAGGACCUUGUGAAGGCGUCUUCCCCAGCUAUGGUCAGUGGCUGGGGACGAACACGCUUCCUUGGAUUAACGGCUGACACUUUGCAGAAGGUCGAAGUUCCCUUCACAGAUCGGACAGAGUGUAAAGACAGCAGCAGUAACAGAAUCACUCCUGUCAUGUUCUGUGCAGGAUACUAUGAUGAGGCCAAAGAUGCCUGUCAGGGGGACAGUGGAGGUCCUCACGCAAACAGCAUUCAUGAUACGUGGUUCUUGACUGGCAUCGUGAGCUGGGGGGAAGAAUGCGCAAAGGUUGGGAAAUAUGGUGUGUACACUCGGGUCUCCCUUUAUUACAGCUGGAUAAAACAUAUUAUUAGCCCUAACCCUACUUCACGCAGGAUGGUAUUUGAUGUGGAAGACCCUGACCCUUAAAUUUAAAGAUGAUAGAUUUGAAAUAUAUAACUGUGUUGCAUGCCAAAUUAAGUAUCUUAUGUUUAUGUUUGAUGCUUUUCUAACUUCACAUUUUAAAAUCACUUUGAAUUGUAAGAUGUUUGGUAUGUAAUACAUAAAUCUGAUGAUUCACCACAACGCAAACAAGUGGAAUGUCAUACAUUUAAACUCUACAACAACCAAUUCUGACAACUCUGACCCUGAGUAGUGCAACUUCUGAAUGCCACUGUACUAAAAGUGUGUGUGUGUAGUAAAAAAAAAAGAAAAAAAAUACUACAUCAUAAAAAACACAGGUAAAAACAA